AUGAAUAAUUUUCUCAAUGAAUCAAUCUAUAUACACACACUACUAUUCACGUUUCAUAUAAACAGUAUUUUAGGUCCAGAUGAAACACAAUUGACUAUGAAAUCUUUACAAAUUGAACAAUCAAAACGUAACCAUUUGUUAUUGACUAUCAAUCAAAGAAAGGAUCAUUUAUAUCCAAUGAAAUUACAUUAUGAUCAAUUACGUGUUCAAUUAAUGAAAGAAAAUGGUCAUAUUCAAGUGAAUAAUUUAAUUAUUCCUAAAUCGAUUAUAAAUCAACAAACAUAUCGAUGGAAUGAAUUUUCAAAUCCAACAGCGUUGAAUAAAUCAAUACAACUUCGACAUAUUCGACACAUUCAUGAUCAUAACAAUGCUAUGGAUAAUGAUAAUAAUAAUAAUGUGCAAUCAGCUGAGAACAUUUUAUAUCAAAUCAAUGACAAUUCUGCAAUUGAUAUGAUCACAUUCAAUACAGAUCGUCGUAAAUCCAGAAUGAGGUAUACUUUUUAA